UGCAGGGAGUUUGGCCGCUGGAAAGUGAACAGCCUGGCUCAAGAGAGACAGAAUAACAAUGGUCUGGCCCUGCCCCUGGACCCCGAGUUCCUCCAGACCAUCAGGCACCUGGGCAGACGGCCCAGCCUCAGCUCCAUCACAGACAGCAUCAUCAGGAAGUACGGAACACACUUCCUGCUCUCAGCCACCCUGGGGGGUAAGAAUAAUAUAAUAUUUAUUUAUUGGUGUAAUGAUUGGAAGACCUUUUUUCUUUCAACUCAAUCCUCUGUAUGCUGCUGAUGCUCAGCUUCAAAAACACAUACAGUAAAUUCUCUCUUUGCUGUAAAGGUGUUGUAUUGGAUGUGUUGUUCUAUUCCCCGGCCCAGUUCUCAGUGCAUAUUCUGCUCCACUCUGUGCCCCUGUGUGUGUUUAGGGGAGGAGUCGUUAAUGAUCUUUGUGGACAAGCGGAGGUUGAGUAGGAUGGUGGAGGUGAGAGAGGCCAACAGUACGGCCGUGACUCUGGAGGCCCUGCACCAGCUGGCUGCCUCCUACUUCAUUGACAGAGAGAGCACACUUCGCAAGCUGCACCACAUCCAGAUAGCAUCCACAGCCAUCAAGGUACCCCCCCCUAGCUGGGUCCAUUAAUCACUGUGUCAGUCAUUAUUACUGAGUAAGGAGUGUGAUCAGCUGAGUUUGCCCUUUGCACAGCAGGACAUCUUUGUCAGACUCAGCAUUCGGAGUGAUUAGUUUCCAUGUGAGCCUGUGAUUUAUUUACACGUACCUGUGGCAAUGACAGGAUUAUCAUUGAGGAAUUUCCCAUGCAUAGGCACCUUGUAUUAGAGCUGUGUUUCCCAAAUGGCCGUUUUGGACCAGCUGGUGAGCCACUCGUGUCCAAUUUACAUUUCUUUAAGAGUGAUGGUUUAAAACUGGACUGCUAGACUGUUUUGUACAUCUUGAGGCUUGGGGAACCACUUCUAAAGAAUGUGGGGAAGUGGAGAAGGUGUGUGCUAAAAUACAUGUGACAGUCGUCCCUAACACAAUUGUACAGUUCAGCAUUGAUUUUGAACAUGAUCUAAGAUGAGGUAGAGUUAAAAACUCACUUGCAGUUUGAAAGCAUCCAUCCAUUUAUCAUUGACUUAUCCCGGUGCUCUCCCGUCUUGGGCCACCACAGACAGAUAAGGCCCUAUAUUCCUUAAAGUGAAUUGGCAACAGGACACAUCAUGGCUGCGUUGGCAGCGUCCUCGUGGACAAAGUGCUGCUAAAAUAGUCUGAUUGAGAUGAAUGGAGCAGAAGUCAUCUGAGGUGCAUUUGUUUGGGAGGCAGUUUCAGGUGACUGAUGUGAAAUAUUCACAGCAACAGCUGCCUUUAAUUCAGGCCAUGGAUUUUUACUUCACCAAGAUGAAGACGGAUGGCAAAACAAAAGCGUCUCUUAGAAAGAGAGCACCGGACAACGGCUUUAAGAGAACAGAUUUUCAAGAGGAGAAAAGCCUGUCAUCCUGGUAUAAUGUAGGAGCUAUAGCUAUAACACUCCGGGUGCAAAAUAAAGGGAAGGGGAAAAUGAAAAAGAUAAAGAGGGGCGGGGAGGGGAAGUGGUGCCUCUACAAUUACGCAUCAGAGUGAUGAAUCCUCGGUUCUAUUUCAACAAUUUCUUAGAGAGCUUGCCCCAUUUGUCAGCCAUUUUGGGUAUGAGUUAAGGUGUCACACGCUAAUGAAUAGAAGACGUAUGAAGAAUACUGGGGUUCCGCCAUCUGUAAUAAAUGGUGCUUUAACCUACCAGCGAGCAAGGAACACUGACAGGAGACACUAACAGCGCUGGGUGGACAUAAAUCAAAUGGUUAAAGUUUGAUUUACAAUCCAGGUCCGUUUCUACUAAGGUUUAUUACAAUUACCCUGAAAAACAACUAGCCAUCGAUGGGGAGAGGACAGAGGAGUGUUUUUGACCCAAUUUGCUGCCCUGCUACUGCAGUGUUUAGUCAUUCAUGUCCUCUUAUGGUUAAUUUGUAGGAGAAUAACGAGAAAUUUUGAGGCUGAGCUUUGGAAAUCAAGGAAAUCUAGUGAGAAAUGAUGGUAGCGGUCGUUCAUGAUGUAGAACAUAUCUGAUGGGGAUAAAUAAAAAACAAAGCACUCUGUCUUGUUUUAUCCCUUGUGUAUCAAUGAAUUAUUCAUUUCAGACAGAUUUUGUCAUCUUCAUUAUUAUAUUGUUGUGUCCUCUUUGACAUUUUGCGAUGUCCUCCCCUUCAAGAAAAAGACACCCUCAGAUGCAAAAACAAGAGGAAGUUUGUUAUUAAGGUCUUAUAUACUCUGGGGGAACUUUACAAAUUAGAUAAAGGUAUGAGCUGCAGUCGGCUUCGCUUACCCUUUAACCUCUGUCUGGGUCGUCGUCAGUCAAGCUACUAAUUUGCAAGCUGUGAGUAAUCUUAACCUUUAGCCAGCUCUGUUUCCUCUCUCUGCAACAUUGUCUGGCAAGAGCACCAUAAUUAUUAAGCUCUGAGAGAAGGGAAGAGGGACACUAAUUUGUUCCUAAUCAAAAGGAGUCUCUCUCUCAGCCCCAUCCAAGUUGGUGAAACAGACUCCCAUCUAAAACAAUAUAUCAUAGUUUCCCUUGCCACAGUAUUAACUCCUACUUUCUUCUCUUAAAGGUCCCCUGCUACUCCCCUGCGGAUUUCAAUGAGCCUCCAUUUAUUUAGGGGGAACAAAUAUCAUCUCAUGCUAGUUUAUUUUUUCUUCAAGUCGAUAAGCUGAUCCCCAGCUCUGGUUGACAUCGUAGUGUAAGCCAGUGCAACAAAGUGAUUUUAAAACAUCUUGCCGGAAUCCUCAAAGACUGUCUAAACACGCGUAAACACAUCUAGGAUGUAAAUGGGGAUAUGCGGCAUCGACUAAGGCUAUGCCUAGUGAUUAAAAACAGGCUGAUUCUCUGUGGUGCCGUGAAAAAAGCAAUUUCCAAAGAAGCGCCGGUCCCAAACAUUAAUGGCAUUCCAUACUUUUUUAACAGGUUGUUGAAUAGGCCUCUUAAUACCCAUUAUUAUUUAAAUAUCUGACACCUGGGGCUCACUUACUGUCAUUUUAUGUAUUUUAUUAUGCUUUUGUGGAAUUAUUCAUAGGUGGAUUUAACAAAAGGCAUGAUCUUCAUCAGUUUCCAUGCCUCUGCCUUAGUGGUAUCAUGAUAAUAUUAAUAACGCUUUAGAAAAUAAUUGAGCUUCCUCGUCAAUUGAGGCAUUGCACCAUGCAUAUAAAAGUAUACAAGGGUUGUUACUGCAUUGCUUUGGAGCACUUGUGAUAUGCUUAUCUUUUCUCCAUUCUCGCUUAAAACCAUUAGCUAUUCCCAAACACUAAACACUAGCAAGACCUUUAAACAAUUCCCAAGUGGCAGAUUCUUUGGUUGAGGCAGGGGACUCCGGUCCCUGCCUUAAUCAGAGGAAGCAUCCAUAGUUUGAGUGAGUGAGUGCUGGUCCCUUAUAUCAGGUCUCGUGUGGCUCAGUUGGUAGAGCAUUGUGCUUGCAACGCCAGGGUUGUGGGUUCGAUUCCCACUAGGGACCAGUACAAAGAAAAAAGAAUAGUAGAAAAAAAUAUGCUGUCACUACUAGUAGUUGUUUUGGAUAAGAGUGUCUGCUGAAUUACUUAAAUGUAAAAUAUGAUGAUGCAUACCAGACACGUAAAAAAAAAAAAAACACGUCUCAAUCACAUCACAUAACCAAGUAACACAAACUGCCUAUUCAAGGAGAGCCUUUAAGAGCAAUCACCAGACCCAUUAAAUGCUGCUGUUAGAAUUUCUGAUAGUCAGCACUCGAUUAUGGCAUAUUAAUACAACCCUCACUCGCUCUCUCCCCAACUCAUUUACAUUUUUCUAUCUACCAAAGUCCCCAUAAGUUACUGAACAUACUUUUAUACAAACAACUGUUAAGAGUAUUUUUUUUUUCUAAAUCCAUUUCUUAUAGAAAGGACUAAGUGUGCAUAUGCUUGGCUUCGCUUGGUCCUUGUUGCAGAUGGUCUCAUUGCUAUGCAUAGAAAACCCAGAUUUAAAUUUAAAAAUGUCCCUUUAAGUCGGACAUCUGUCUGUGUUAGAAAUUAAUCUGCCCACCCCUCUAGACAUUUCUCGGAUUUUAAUUAUUUGCGUCGAAACAUCACAAAAAAAAAAAUGGAAAUGCCGUCGAUAGGCCUGCUGAAGUUGUGGUUUUCUCUCUCUUUUUCACCUACCCACCAACCCUCUCUCUUUCCCCCCCUCCCUCUCCAUUUCAAAGUAACUCAGACCUCAAUGUUGAAUGAAAAUGAAAAAUAAUAUUAUGUGAUUAUCCUAUAAUGAAUCACUGAUGCUUAUAUAAUGAAGGUUGGUCAUGGUUCUGGUGUCUUAAUGCUUUGAAUGCACACCUUUUGAUACAGUUCAGUUUUUGUUCUUCUUCUUUUUCUUUAUUGUGUCUCACCCUUCACUCUGUUUUCCCAGUGACCUUAAAGUAGGUGUCAAAGAAUGCUAACUUUUCUGCCCACAGAGGGAAAGGAAAAGUGUCCCAUUUCUUCUGGAUGUAGAACCAUAGUUCCUCAUUAAUCUACACUGGUGAUGUGGUUACUUUUAUCGGCCCUUUGGGGAAAUAUUAAAAGAAGGAGCCACUGUGGCAUUAGGGGAGAAUAACUUGCAAGUGACGAGGAGGGAGAUGGAUAGGCCCGCAGGCUGCCAGUUUGUCUUGGAAGGGUGGCAGAGAAACCUUGAUAUACGGGAGCUUUAAAUCAUCCUUUUGUCAAGGAUGAUUGAGCUGUGAUUGUGAAUGAUCUAACCACUCACUCAGAGGAGAACAGAGAUCCCCGUGUCUUUCUGAUUUGUCAGCGUGAAUCUAGUGAUAUGUAUGUGAGGCUUGCAUGUAACUGCAUCUUUCAAGACUUAAAGCAAAAUUGGAAGGAGUUAUUCUUUUUUAUUUUUUGUUACUUUUUCUUCAUACGUAGUUCUUUCUUUUACUUUUUUGCAGACUCCACAUUCUUCUCUCCCCUGUGUCAGAUGACAGGGCUUUUGGGUUGCAUUGCUACUGUAUGUCAUCACUUUCUCUGCAUAGACAAGAAACCCACUCUCACCCUUAAGCUUCUUCAUGUACCAUACUUUUUGGAUAUAACAUCAUGUGGCCUAUGAGCAGAGUAUACUGAAUAGUAAAUAUGUCUAAAUGCAUAACCUUGGUGUUGCAUCAUACACCAAAUAACUAAACUACUGUAUCUAGACUACUUGUAAUGUUUGUCGAUGUGAACAUUUAAACGUGUCUCAAUAAGGUGUAAAAUAUUUAGUCCUGUGGAAGUACAGAUGGUAGGAAGUGAGUGAGUGUACUAUUGUUGUUGUUAAUCUCAUUCCACAUGACAUUCAGCUCUGCAUCCCUACAUUUUUUAUGACUUUAGUGGCUCUCUCUCACAGUGUAGUGGAGUAUUGCCAUGUGCCUCUUUCUUUCCCGUUAGGUGACCGAAACCAGGACAGGCCCUCUUGGAUGCAGUAACUAUGACAACCUGGACUCAGUCAGCUCUGUUCUGGUUCAGAGCCCUGAAAACAAGAUUCAUCUGCAAGGUCGGCCAUCCAUAAUUGAACCCACCCAGACGUUCUGAUGGAAUUGUCACAGUUUAUAUUCUCUGCCAAGCGUUAGACAAGAGGCACCAGAGUGUCAGAAGGAAUAUAGCUUCAAUCCGUCUUUGUCUGCCAUUGGAAACCGAACCCCUGGAUUCCUAAGUGAAUCACAGGGAUUUGUAGACAUGUAUGAACAAGCCAGUGGAAAUGUAUCUAUAAAGUGACCAGAGAGUACCUCCUCUUCUGUCCUAUAGUAACUUACAGUAGAAAGGCUAUAGUUACUACAGUAUUUGAGUCUAGUUUACAUUAUUACAGUAAUUUGUCUUGUAGUUUAGCCAGUAUUGUCAUAUAUAAACUGUACCAUAUCCUCUCCUCUGUCCUCUCCCCAGGUCUCCAGGCCAUCCUACCAGAGUACCUGAGGGCCAGGUUCGUCCAGGCGGCUCUGAGCUACAUCGGCUGUAACGAGGAGGGUCAGUUUGUGUGCCGGGACAAUGACUGUUGGUGCCGCUGCAGUCCAGGCUUCCCCCAGUGUAACUGCCCCGACGUGGACCUGAGGGCCAUGGAGGCCAGCCUACUGCACAUCAGGGACACCUGGAACAUGGCCAACCAGGACUUUGAGGAGUCGGGUAUGGAAGUAUGACAUUGACAAUACACUCACAGAGGCGUAUAUAGAGAGUUUGUAACAUUGAAGAUACUUGCACAAAUGUACUGCUAUGUCAAAUCAAAUCAAAUUUUAUUUGUCACAUGCGGCGAAUGUAACAAGUGUAGACCUUACCGUGAAAUGCUUACUUACAAGCCCUUAACCAACAAUGCAGUUCAAGAAAUAGAGUUAAGAAAAUAUUUACUAAAUAAACUCAAGUAUAAAAUGAAAAGUAACACAAUAAAAUAACAAUAACGAGGCUAUAUACAGGGGGUACGGGAUAGAGUCAAUGUGCGGGGGUACAGGUUAGUCGAGGUAAUUUGUACAUGUAGGUAGGGGUAAAGUGACUAUGCAUGGAUAAUAAACAGCGAGUAGCAGCAGUGUAAUAACGAAGGGCGGGGUGUCAAUGUAAAUAGUCCGGGUGGCCAUUUGAUUAAUUGUUCAGCAGUCUUAUGGCUUGGGGGUAGAAGCUGUUAAGGAGCCUUUUGGACCUAGACUUGGUGCGGUAGCAGAGAGAACAGUCUAUGACUUGGGGGACUGGAGUCUUUGACAAUUUUUUGGCCCUUCCUCUGACACCGCCUAGUUUAUAGGUCCUGGAUGGCAGGAAGCUUGGCCCCAGUGAUGUACUGCGCCGGUACUGGGCCGUACGCACUACCCUCUGUAGCGCCUUACGGUCGGAUGCCUAGCAGUUGCCAUACCAGGCGGUGAUGCAACCGGUCAGGAUGCUCUCGAUGGUGCAGCUGUAGAACUUUUUGAGGAUCUGGGGACCCAUGCUAAAUCUUUUCAGUCUUCUGAGGUAUGCCACAGAACCUUACACAACACGGAAAUCAGUGUGACGUCUGCUGUCUAUGGGUUCACAUGUACAGUACCAAUCAAAAGUUUAUUUUUUACUAUUUUCUACAUUGUAGAAUAAUAGUGAAGACAUCAAAACUAUGAAAUAACACAUACAAAAUCAUGUAGUAAUCAAAAAAGUAUAAAUAUCUCAACCAGCUUCACCUGGAAUGCUUUUCCAACAGUCUUGAAGGAGUUCCUACAUAUGCUGAGCACUUGUUGGCUGCUUUUCCUUCACUCUGCGGUCCGACUCAUCCCAAACCAUCUCAAUAGGGUUGAGGUCGGGGGAUUGUGGAGGCCAGGUCAUCUGAUGCAACACUCCAUCACUCUCCUUCUUGGUCAAAUAGCCCUAACACAGCCUGGAGGUGUAUUGGGUCAUUGUCCUGUUGAAAAACAAAUGAUAGUCCAAAUAAGCCCAAACCAGAUGGAAUGGCGUAUCUCUGCAGAAUGCUGUCGUAGCCAUGCUGGUUAAGUGUGCUUUGAAUUCUAAAUAAAUCACAGACAGUGUCACCAGCAAAGCACCCCCACACCAUCACACCUCCUACUCUAUGCUUUACGGUGUCUCACAAAGACACAGCGAUUGGAACCAAAAUUCUCCAAUUUGGACUCCAGAAUAAAAUAACAAAUUUCCACCGGUCUAAUGUCCAUUGCUCAUGUUUCUUGGCCCAAGCAGGUCUCUUCUUAUUAUUGGUGUCCUUUAGUAGUGGUUUCUUUCCAGCAAUUCGACCAUGAAGGCCUGAUUCACACAGUCUCCUCUGAACAGUUGAUGUUGACAUGUGUCUGUUACUAGAACUCUGUGAAGCAUUUAUUUGGGCUGCAAUUUCUGAGGCUGGUAACUCUAAUGAAAUAAUCUUCUGCAGCAGAUGUAUCUCUGGGUCUUCCAUUCCUGUGGCGGUCCUCAUGAGAGCCAGUUUGAUCAUAGCGCUUAAUGGUUUUUGUGACUGCACUUGAAGAAACGUUCAAAGUUCUUGAUAUUUUCCGUAUUGACUGACCUUCAUGUCUUAAAGUAAUGAUGGACUGUCAUUUCUCUUUGCCUAUUUGAGCUGUUCUUGCCAUAAUAUGGACUUGGUUUUUUACCAAAUAGGGCUAUCUUCUGUAUACCCCCUACCUUGUCACAACACAACUGAUUGGCUCAAACACAUUAAGAAGGAAAGAUAUUCCACAAAUUAACUUUUAAAGAGGCACACCUGUUAAUUACAUUUACAUUACAUUUUAGUCAUUUAGCAGACGCUCUUAUCCAGAGCGACUUACAGUUAGUGAGUGCAUAUAUUAUUUUUUUAUUUUCUUCAUACUGGCCCCCUGUGGGAAUCGAACCCACAACCCUGGGGUUGCAAACGCCAUGCUCUACCAACUGAGCUACAUCCCUGCUGGCCAUUCCCUCCCCUACCCUGGACGACACUGGGCCAAUUGUGCACUGCCCCAUGGGUCUCCCGGUCGCGGCCAGCUACGACAGAGCCUGGAUUUGAACCAGGAUCUCUAGUGGCACAGCUAGCACUGUGAUGCAGUGCCUUAGACCACUGUGCCACUCGGUAAUUGAAAUGCAUUCCAGGUGACUACCUCAUGAAGCUGGUUGAGAGAAUGCCAAUAGUGUGCAAAGCUGUCAUCAAGGCAAAGGGUGGCUACUUUGAAGAAUCUAGCAUAUUUAUAUAAAUAUUUAUCUAUUAUUCUACAAUGUAAAGAUUUUUACAAAUAAAGAAGAACCCUUGAAUGAGUUGGUGUGUCCAAACUUUUGACUGGUAGUGCAUAUUUAGAGGCUGAAUUAUUCAUAUUAAAUGUCAGGCCACUCUUGAGAAGUCUGUAAACAUAUACAGUGCCUCCAGAAAGUAUUCACACCCCUUGACUUUUUCCACAUUUUGUUGUUUUACAGCCUGAAUCUAAAAUGGAUUAAAUUGAAAUUUGCUGACACUGGCUUACACACAAUACCCCAUAAUGUCAAAGUACAAAUUAAUUAAAAGUGAAAAGCUAAAAUGUAUUGAAUCAAUAAGUAUUCAACCCAUUUGUUAUGGCAAGCGUAAAUAAGUUCAGGAGUAAACAUUUGCUUAACAAGUCCAAUAAUAAGUUGCAUGGACUCUGUGUGCAAUGAUAGUGUUUUUUGAAUACCUCAAUUCUGUACCCCACACAUAAAUAUCUGUAAGGUCCCUCAGUCGACCAGUGAAUUUCAAACACAGAUUCAACCACAAAGACCAGGGAGGUUUUCCAAUGCCUCACAAAAAGGGCAGACAUUGAAUAUCCCUUGACUAUGGUGAAGUUGCUUUUCUACACCCAGUCACUACAAAGAUACAGGCGUCCUUCCUAACUCAUUUGCCGUAGAGGAAGGAAACUGCUCAAGGAUUUCACAAUGAGGCCAAUGGUGACAGUUACAGAUUUUAAUGGCUGUGAAAGGAGAAAUAUUAGGAUGGAUUAACAACAUAGUAGUUACUGCACAAUACUAACCUAAUUGACAGAGUGAAAAGAAGGAAGCCUGUACAUAAUAAAAAAUAUUCCAAAACAUGCAUCCUGUUUGCAAUAAGGCACUAAAGUAAAAUGUCAAAAAAUGUGGCAAAGAAAUUAACUUAAUGUCCUGAAUACAAAGUGUUCUGUUUGGGGCAAAUCCAACACAACACAUCACUGAGCACCACUCUUCAUAUUUUAAAGCAUGGUGGUGGCUGCAUGGCUGCAUCAUGUUAUGGAUAUGCUUGUCAUCGGCAAGGACUAGGGAGUUUUGUAGGAUAAAAAUAAACAGAAUAGAGCUAAGCACAGGCAAAACCCUAGAGGAAAACCUGGUUCAGUCUGUUUUCCAACAGACACUGGGAGACAAAUUCACCUUUCAACAGGACAUUAACCAAAAUACAAGGCCAAAUAUACACUGGAGUUACUUACCAAGGUGACAUUGAAUGUUCCUGAGUGGCCUAGUUACAUGUUUUACUUACAUUUGCUUGAAUAUCUAUGGCAAGACUUGAAAAUGGCUGUCUAGCAAUGAUCAACAACCAACUUGACAGAGCUUGAAUAAUUUUUUAAAGAAUAAUGUGCAAAUAUUGUACAGUCCAGGUGUGCAAAGCUCUUAGAGACUUACCCAGAAAGACUCACAGUCAUAAUCGCUGCAAAAGGUGAUUCGAACAUGUAUUGACUCAGGGUUGUGAAUACUUAUGUAAAUGAAAUAUUUCUGUAUUUCAUUUUCAAUAAAUUUCUAAAAACAUGUUUUCACUUUGUCAUUAUGGGGUAUUGUGUGUAGACGGGUGAGGAAAAAAAUAUAUUUAAUCAAUUUUGAAUUCAGGCUGUAAUACAACAUAAGUCAAGGGGUAUGAAUACUUUCUGAAGGCACUGUAUGUUUAAUUCACAUGGCCCAUGCGAGGGACUAAACCCACAACCUUGAUGUUGGCAGCAUUAUAGUGUAACUGUCUGAGCCAGUUGGACCAAUUAUACCCUCCACACCAUCUGCCCUGCUGCUUUGUUGAUGUGAGGUGUUUCAUUUGCCCUGGUUCAGUACCUGUAGUUCUGCAGUGGUUCGUCUCAGAGCAGAGCUGUGGGAAGGCAUUAAGAGGGAAGCAUUGUUACCUAGCUGUUUUCAGCCGCUGACAAGAUAAUAAUGGUGGGAAGAGGCCUGACUUUCAGGGAUGAGGUGUCAUUGUCGUUGCAGUGAAAUAGCGUUCCUUUCUUGGCAGGAACGGACAGUUUUUUUCUCUCUCUCUCUCUGGUUGUGUCCCGGGAAUGGUGCCAGCCUAAGCAGGUUUACUCAGGGUGCAAUGAAGCACUCUAAUUCAUCUGAAUACAACAGCUGGAGGCUGAUGAUUUAAAACAUGUAAACAUCCUUUACCAAGCACAUCAUGGAAUCUAAUGGCCGUAAAGACAUUACUAUGUUUUCUUCUAAUUGCAAUCUGAGAUCUCUCUCCUAAUAUAACGCUGGUUUAUCAAAAAUUCUGUUGUGUUAGUGUAAUUCAUUUCACAGCAGUACAUAUUACACCAUGGCUAAUCACUCUGAGAGCGAAUGACGAUUGUAAUCAGAUAUAAUCAACAUCACUGUUAAUUGUAAAUAUCACUGUCACUUUCUCAUUACAGAUUAGGUUGAAUAUAUUUUUCAGAAUUGAAUUCUAUCAUGAAAGUAUAUAUUAAUAGAUUUUUGUUCAUUCCUGCGAUGCCCCCUUUCACUCGUUAAACCUGACACUUACCCUGAAGCAAAGUAAUAUUUUUUGCUGCUUUUCUGUUUGGCUGUUGUGCCUCUACACAUGAGCUUGCUCUGCCAGGAGCUGGCUGGGGUCUUGGUAUUUCAAACAGAGACACAGACCCACAUUUAGUUCUGCCUCUUUCUAUUAACAUAUGCGUCACACAGUAUCACUUCCAUUCUCCCCCAUGGCGGCCCGGCAAACCAAGUCCCAUGUGCUCUCUCUAAAGUGAUCCCUUAAUGUCGUCUGACUUUAUCAGCCAAAAUGAACAGAAUCAUAUAAAUAAAUAAAUAAAUAAGCGGAGCAGAACGACGAGGGGCCAUUAAACCUCUCCACACUUGUCUGCCUUUCAGAGGAGUUCCAGAACUUUUUGCGGAGACUCCCGACGUUCUACGCCCUCAACACAUCUGCCAUCCAGUACUUCUGGAAGAUGGAGCCGGCCGUCCACCAGCGCUACAGACAGCUGGAGCUCAGCAGCAGACAGCUCAUCGCCAAAUCCAGACGAAUUGUCAAAAAACUCUUCACCCUCAGCAAGAGGUGUCGGACACAGCCUAAAGUCAUUGUGCUGAGAGAGAGG